AUGGCUGAUCUGUUGCAAAAAGCGAUCCAAGCGAUGUCUUUGGAUGAGGAGGAACCAUUGACCUUGCCGGAUAGUCCACGAUUCAGAGUGAUGGAUGAGACCCAGUUGAGUUUAAUGGGUCCCUUGCUUAAUCCGGACUGUCAAUCUGUGACAAAAAUGAUUGAGUAUAUGCCAACGGCCUGGAGAGUAUACGGCAUAGUUCGUGGCAUUGCGCUGUCACGGGAUCGAUUCCAAUUUGUAUUCCAACGGGAGGAGGAUCUAUUGACAGUGCUAAAAGAUAGGCCGUGGUCCUACAAUCACUGGACUAUGGUGUUGGAACGGUGGACCUCUAAUCCCCCACAAAACUUCUUGCAGUCUUUGGAUGUCUGGAUCCGUAUUCGUCAUAUACCGGCGAUUUUCUUCACGACAGAGACAAUGCAUAAACUGGCUUCGGAGGUGGGAGUUGUUGAAGUGAUUGCAUACGACCCAAAGGUGUCCCACACUAAGGAGUAUAUUCGUGCUUUGGUUCACUUUGAUACCAACAACCCAGCGAAAGCAACGCGUAAACUCAAUGUUCCAGAAGGUGGAACUGUUACUAUUGAGUUUGAAUAUGAAAAAAUUCAUAAACGUUGCUUCCAUUGUCUGCGACUUACCCAUGAAAAGUUUAGAUGUCCCCUACUGAAGAGAGGAGUUCCCAGAGAAACUAAGAUGGUGGGUGCGCAGAAACUGCAACUUGGUGGUCCGAUCAUUAAGGAACCAGUUGAUGGCCCGCCUGGGUUCCCGGUUUUGUUUCCUGAGCUCUCAAAGGAGGAUCGCAAAAUGGCUAUGCUUUACAUCUCUCACUCAGAUGAAACGGAACGACUGGCUCGCAUUGAAAGAGUUAGACAAGGAAUUGAAGAGAAUAAAGCAGCUUCUUCUAUACAUAUGACGCGAAUCACAAAGGAGCUUGACAAAGGGAAAGGUCAUGUGUAUUCUUACACUGAGCUCCUCCAGGCGCAGCAUUGUACGCCAUCUGCUAAGUCAAAAGAAGUUUCUCGGCAGAUACGAGAUGAUAAGAGUGAUGAUGAGUCGGAGUCUUCUGCUUCGAAAGUCCCAGCUCGUUCAGCACCUAUGCUCUUGUUGGGGUCGGGUUUUCAGCUUGGCCCUUCUUCGGAGGGGCGAGUCCAUGGGAAUGUUGGAGCAAACAAGAUUCAGAGGAGACGUCCUUCUUCUUGGAAGAGAAGGAAUGCAGGGAAAGGUUUGGUUGCAGGAGCUUCUCAGCCUAUUCCACAGACUUCGGACCAUACUUUGAGCUCAAAGAGGAAAGUUGUGUCCUCUAUACAGAUUGCAGAAACCAAAAACAAGAAACUUUCAGAUCCUACGGUGGCUUCCGUAUUGAAGCCGCUGCCUCCCUAA